AUGGCCAUGUCCCUCGCGCGGGUGGCCCUCAGGGCACCGCAAUCACAAUCGAGGCUUGCUGCCGCCGCCGCCACCAUCACGGCUCGAACCAUUGUCGCCCACGGACGACACUUCAGCACCACGAACCAAGCUCUCAUCCCCUCCGGCUUCGGAUCUCCGAUUGUGCCCUCUUACUUUUCCAAGCCUCGACUCCCGGCCAACACGGUGAUUCGAUUCGUGCCUCAGCAGACGGCUUGGAUUGUUGAGCGUAUGGGAAAGUUCAACCGUAUUCUCGAACCUGGUUUGGCUAUCCUCGUGCCCUUUAUCGACCGAAUCGCAUACGUCAAGAGUCUCAAGGAGGUCGCCAUUGAGAUUCCUAGCCAGAGCGCUAUCACUGCGGAUAACGUUACUUUGGAACUUGACGGUGUUUUGUUCACGCGUGUCUUUGAUGCGUACAAGGCAAGCUACGGAGUCGAGGAUGCCGAAUAUGCCAUUUCUCAGCUCGCCCAGACGACUAUGCGAUCCGAGAUUGGUCAACUGACCCUUGACCAUGUCCUGAAGGAACGUGCUGCGCUCAACACCAACAUUACUGCUGCCAUCAACGAUGCCGCAGAGGCUUGGGGUGUCACCUGCUUGCGUUACGAGAUUCGAGAUAUUCACGCUCCUGGUGCCGUUGUCGAGGCCAUGCACCGACAAGUCACUGCCGAGCGUUCCAAGCGUGCUGAGAUUCUCGAAUCCGAAGGUCAACGACAGAGUGCCAUCAACAUUGCCGAGGGUAAGAAGCAGAGUGUUAUUCUGGCUUCCGAGGCGUUGCGCGCCGAGCGUAUCAACGAGGCCGAUGGUGAGGCUGAGGCCAUCCGUCUCAAAGCGUCUGCCACUGCUCAAGGUAUCGAUGCUGUCUCAGAAAGUAUCCUCAGGGGAGAUACUGGUGCCCAGGCUGCUGUCAGCUUGAGGGUUGCUGAGAAGUAUGUUGAUGCCUUCGGCAAGCUUGCUCGCGAGAGCACUGCUGUUGUCGUCCCCGGCAACGUUGGAGAUAUCAGCGGCAUGAUUGCUACUGGUCUGAGUGUCUUUGGCAAGGUUGGCCAGGCUCAAGCGCAGACCAUGGCCAAAUCUCUUGUUGAACCUAAGGGGGACUCGCAGACUGCAGAGCUCGAGGGUCAGGCAAAGCCCGAUGUUAAGGAGACAGUUCUUGAGAGCUUCAACCAGGCGACUUCCAAGCGAUAA